AUGGCACCAUUCUCGUUGGUUACAAAACGAAACAUUACCCUAGCAUGUUUUGCGCUUCAUAAUUUUAUAAGAAGAGAGGGGCUACCUGAUGAGUUUUUUGCACGAUAUGAUGAACCAAAUGUCUCGGUUCGGAAUAACAAUGCAGUCGUUGAUAAUGAUGAAGAUGAGAAUCCAACACAUGGUACUACAGCGGACCGUGAAUAUAUUGGCACCAUUAUCGUUGUUGGACUUCAAUGGGGGAGACGCCACCUAUUUGGUCGCCGGAAACCUCUACACGCUGCUCUCGGUUCUGGAAAAAUUGCUAAUAUUUUACUCUGGCGACAAAAGAAAAUGUAUGGUGCCAUUUUGGUCUCUGCAAUUGUCAUAUGGCUUCUCUUUGUGAGGAUAGGUUAUCAUCUUGUUCCAUUUUUUUGUCACUUUCUAAUACUUGCUCUUGUGAUAUUGGUCAUAUGGUCUAAUCUUUCUUCCUUCGUUAACAAGUCUCCUGUAAACUUCCCUGACAUUAGAUUGUCACAAGAACUGUGUGAUUGUGUUGCUCUCUUGCUGAAAGAUCAAAUCAAUCAGGGGUGCUUAUACUUGAGGCAAAUGACUAUAGGGAAGUAUCUAAAGAUAUUUAUGAGUGUCAUUUUUACCUUAUGGAUUGUCUCUGUCACUCUUAAUCGGGAGCUUGAUACAGGAACUGGGCUUCCAAUUUUCUUCUUUAGGGAAUUAGCUGCUAGUCUCGCUUUAUCAGAACUGAGAACAGCUUAA